AUGGCGCCGCCUCCCAAGAACAUGACAGUACGCCGCCCACGAGAGGAAGAAGAAGAAGUCAGUCCACUUGAGAAGCAUGCAAGGCGGCACACGCAGCGAGCAUUUGAUGAGCCAAGAAGAUAUGGGGCACCACCUGGUUGGCCACCUAACAUUGAAGCUUACAUUCUGCCAAGACUAGAGAUGCGCUAUGAAACUUUCGAAGAAGCAAAGAACUUCUACAACGUCUAUGCGAAGCACGCGGGUUUUGCUGUCAGGGAAGGCCCCAAGUUUAAGACCAGAGCCUACCUUUAUUGCACGUGCUAUGGAGUCUAUGAAUCGAAGGUGUCUGAAGCAAAUAGACAGCGGAACAAAACGACAGCCAGGACUAACUGUGGGGCUAAAAUGAGGCUGGAGAAGGAAAAGGAUGGAACAUUUGUCGUAAAAGAGAUAGUCUGGGAACACAACCACAGGCUACAGCUCACUCCGCAAAUGCUUGUCUUCUUGCACUCCCACAAAAACUUUGACAAAACAAUCUUGGAGUACGUCAAGUACCUGCAGUUCAAAGGCAUUGAACACGCGCAAAUCAUGAGCAUACUGGGCGGUGAUGACCCUGGUAGCUACUUCCUCGAAAUGAAAGCCAAAGACCUGAUUAACCUGAAAGCAAAGAAUUCAAGGAUGGAUGAUGUGGACGAUGUCCUAAAGACUGUCAACUUCUUUAGGGAGAUGAAAGCUAUAAACAGGGAAUUCUUCUGUGACAUGCAACUCGAUGAGUCCGACAGAGUUAAGAACAUAUUCUGGGCGAAUGCAAGCUGCCGAGGGGCCUAUCAGGACUUCGGUGACUGCACUACAUUCUUUGGUUUCGCCCUGAUAAGAGAUGAGGAUUCUGAUUCAUUCAUAUGGCUGUUCAAGACAUUUUUAAGGUGCAUGAGAGGGAAGGCUCCUACAUGCAUCCUCACAGACCAGUGCUCGGCAAUGGCUUUGGCGAUCCCAGAUGCUUUCGAGAACACAGUACACAAGUUGUGCCGCUGGCACAUUAUGAAGAAGUACAGGGAACACCUCGCAUACCUGUACUACCUGCACGAAGACUUUAAGGAUGAAUUCACACCAAUCCUCAACUGGCCCCUCAUGCCAACUGAGUUUGAGGAUGCCUGGAAAGGACUCAUGGAUAGGUACAACCUCCAUGAUGAUGCCACGAUGGUAGCCAUGUGGAACGAGCAUGAGAAAUGGAUAUCAGCCUACUUCAAAGAAAUUUUCUGCGCCAAAAUGACAUCCACACAGCGAAGUGAGAGCAUGAACUAUGUGCUCAAGAAGAACUUUGUAAGUGAGAGACAAAACCUACACCGGUUUGUCAGCCAGAAGGAACAAAACACGCUGACCUUCUAUGGGUUUGACACCCAGAUGGCAAAGGUUUACUCACGAGCUGUGUACAGCGAGAUUAGAAAAAGGCUAAAACUGAGCACACUCUUCACGGCGACAGAGACGGAAGAGCCCACAAAGUACCUCGUGCGCUACAACAACCCGCAAAAACUGUCUGCGUGGUCUCAGCACGCGUUCCAGGUGGUUGCAGACCUCGUGGGAGAAACAUAUGAGUGCGAGUGCAGGCUAUGGGACCACACAGGUCUUUUCUGCGUGCCUGUCCUGUGCAUGAUGCAGACAAUUAGGGCUGCCAGCGUUCCAGAGAAAUACAUCCUCAGGAGAUACACCAAACGCCCGAACAUCCAGCCAACAUUCAACAGAAAUGACUUGAGGAUAGUAGCGUAA